ACAACCUUACCCGCAUCCCCAAAUCCAAUUCACCCUCAAAUUAGGGUUUCUGAACUCUGCAAAUUCCCAAUUCGAAAAUAAAUACCAUCGCUCAAUUGCCUCCAAUGAAGGUCUCUUCUCUAUGUUUUCUCCCCAAAAUUCCCAUCGAUUCCUCCAAAAAUUGAAACCUUUCUUCCUCGCCGUCCCCCGGAGGUACUUAUCGCUGAAAAUCGCCGACCGCCGGCAACCCAUCAGCCACCAAAACAUCGGACAUCGCCGCCGCCCAAAAGCUUCCGCCAAAAACCAUGUCGAAGAGCCAAAAAUCUACGCCAAGGAGAAGAUCUCAAAAAUCUACAACAUUCUCAAGUAUUCGGCUUGGGAUUCCGCACGCGAGCAGCUGGAGAAUCUCCCAUUCAAACUCGAUUCGUUCACCGUCAAUCAAGUCCUCAAGGCGCACCCUCCGAUGGAGAAGGCUUGGCUGUUCUUCAAUUGGGCGGCGCGGCUGAGGAAUUUCAAGCACGAUCAGUACACCUACACGACAAUGGCGGACAUUUUCGGGGAAGCCGGGCGGAUUUCGUCGAUGAUGUAUGUGUUCGAGGAGAUGAAGGGGAAAGGCGUCAAAAUCGACGUUGUUACCUACACUUCAUUGAUGCAUUGGGUGUCGAACAGCGGCGACAUCGCCGGAGCUAUUGAAUUGUGGAAGGAAAUGCGUGGGAAGGGGUGCCGGCCGACGGUGGUGACGUAUACUGCUUGUAUGAAGAUAUUGCUUGAUCAUGGGAAGGUGGAUGAGGCAGCUGGUGUGUAUAAGGAGAUGCUCGAAUGUGGCCUUGCUCCGAAUCGUCGAACAUAUACUGUGAUCAUGGAUCAUCUUGCUUGUUGUGGAAAGUCCGUGGAAGCUUUGGAGAUAUUUAACCAAAUGCAAGACGCUGGCGAGCACCCUGAUAAAGCCGCGUGCAACAUUUUGAUCGAAAUCUUUUCACAAAGAGGCGAAAUAUCGGCGAUAAUGAAAGUUCUCGAGUACAUGAAGGCGAAUUUCUUAGUCCUCCGUCAUCCGGUGUAUCAAAAAGCAGUCGAAGCUUUCAAAAUCGCCGGGGAAUGCGAUGCCCUUUUGAGAGAAGUCAAUCGACACUUUUCCGAAGAACACUCGGACGAAGACACCGCUGAAUCUGAUCCGAAACCUCCCGGCGACUUCGAUGCGGAGAACGCUCUCGUUCGGCACUUAACAAGUAAGCGAAAUCUCGCUGCGAUCGACUCUUUGCUUGCCGAAAUGACGGAAAGUCGCAGCGUUCGAUUAGAGAGCAGUGUCGUCUCGAAAAUUAUUGAAAUGAACGGUGCUUGCGGCAGGGAAAACGGCGUUCUGUUGGCUUACAAAUACAGCGCGACGGCCGGCGUCGAUCUUGACUGCGUCGCGUAUCUUACGUUAUUAGGAUUGUUCGUCCGAGGUAAUUCGUUUCAGAAAAUCGUCGAAAUUGUCGAUCAAGUGUCGAAAAAAGGCUUUUCUCUCGGCGACCAUUUGAAUUCGUGCAUAAUUCGCCGCCUUGGUCGCGGCAAAGAAGCUGUUUUGGCGGCAAAAGUUUUCGAUUUAUUGCGUGAAGAAGAUCGGGGUUGUUCUGUCUACACAGCUUUGAUCGACGCUUAUUUUGCGUCGGGAGAUUCGGAGAGAGGACUCAAAACUUUCGAAAGAAUGAAAGACGAUGGCGUCGAUGUCGCGUUAGGAACGUACGACGUGUUGUUAGGUGGUCUUGAAAAAUGCGGUAGAACCCGGCAACGGGAUUAUUACAUGAAGGAGAAGAGUUCGAUGAUGCGUGCCGGAAGAUCCUCCCGGAGUUCUUCGCCGGCCGGAAACUUGUGCGAUGUUAUGUUCGCCGGCGGGUUUAUGUUGAACCAUACUAAGAUUAUGCAUCAUUGAAUUGGAGUGUUUUUUAUUUUUAUUUUA